AUGAUGGUAAACAGAGCAAGGGAAGAUACAGAAGAAUGGAAGAAAGGACUUAGGUUAGAAGAAAACAGUACCAUCGCCAACCAACCUCACAAUAAGCUUACAAAAUGGCAGUCACCUACUUCGGGUUCCCUUAAAUGUAAUGUAGAUGGAGGUUGGAGGAAAGAUGGUACACAAAGUGGGCUAGGAUGGAUAUUAAGAGACAAGAAAGGUAUGGUUAGAUGGUUGGGAGCCAAGAGCUGUCCGCAUGUGCGCUCAGUGAUAGAAACAGAGGCUGGAGGACUCCGAUGGGCUAUGAUCAUGAUCAGUUCGUUUGGCUACUCUUCAGUAAUUUUUAAAACAGAUUCAAGAUCCCUAGUGAACGCGGUGCAUCACCCAGAGGAUAUGCUUCAGCUCAACCCGAUUAUACAGGAUAUCAUUCAUCUCAUAAAUCUCUUUGACGAGGUAAAAAUCAUUUUUAAUCCUAGAGAAUGUAAUAGUGUGACGGAUAGAAUAACGCGAGAAACUAUUUUCCAUGAGAGUUUUGCUCCCAAACUCUAUUCUUAG